UGCGGUUCUACGUACAAUACGAAAGAAAGCUAAACCGAGUAGGACUUGAGCAUGGGACAAGGGCAGGAGGGGUAGUACGUGAAGGAAUGGUUGCACACAUCAAAAAAUACCUAGAUAGAUGGUGACUGCACAUGUGGUUGGUCAGUCCGUAUCUUUAGGAUCCAACGUGUAACAUAUAAGGACCCGCAGGAGAGGCGCGGACUGGCAACGUUUAUACCUGCUUUGAGGACGAUGUGUAGAGGCAAACCGGGAAUUUGCUCGGCAUUACAACCACAUCAGGAGGUUCUCGACUCGAUUCAAUUUACAAGUAACUAGUUCACUGUUGCACAUGAAGAUGGGCACCAUCCGCGACCAAACUUUUACCAAUGGUAAAAUUUCCGCUCAGACAGACGCCACUGAGAAUGGUACUACAAGCAGCAAUUCGAACCACAUCAAAAUGUCCGAGUACUCCACUGGACUCCUCACAAGGCCCCGGCCAAUUGCUAUCUGCGGCAUGGCGAUGCGCCUCCCCGGCGGAAUCCACGAUGACAAGGCCUUAUGGGAGGUGCUCUACAACGGAAAGGAUAUGCGAGUGACCAUUCCAGAGGACAGGUACAAUGCAAAGGCAUUCAGCAGUGGCCUUGGGAAGAAGGGAGCCAUCGAAACUCAGCAUGGGUACUUCCUGACCGAUGACCUUUCCUGUCUUGACGCGUCCUUCUUCUCCAUGACGAAGUCAGACCUGGAAAGGACAGACCCACAGCAACGUCAAAUUCUUGAGGUGACCCGCGAAUGCCUCGAGAGCGCAGGCGAUGCAGAGUACCGCGGAAAAGACAUUGGCUUCUACGUAGGAACUUUUGGUGAGGACUGGCUUCACUCGCAGUCCAAGGAGAACCAAUUCUCGGGAACCUUCAUGGGCAGCGGUGAUCUGAUGAUCGCGAACCGUGUCAUGGUCAUCAAGACCGGCUGCUCUGCCUCGCUUGUCGCACUCCAUCACGCGUGCCAGGCUCUCCUGAAUGGAGACUGUUCGGCGGCGAUUGUGGGGGGCACCAGCCUGAUCAUGGGGCCGCACACGACUGCGGCCAUGACCCAACAGGGUGUACUGUCGCCCGAUGGCUCGUGCAACACAUUUGAUGCUUCUGCUAAUGGCUUUGCAAGGGCCGACGCCAUCAACGCCGUCUAUAUCAAGCUAUUGGACGAUGCGAUUCGAGACGGCAAUCCGAUUCGCGCCGUGAUACGCGGCACCUGGACCAAUAGCGAUGGCAAAAGCGCCUCUCUCACAGCUCCUAGCUGUGAAGCACAAACUUCGCUGAUGCGCAAGGUGUAUGAGAGAGCCCAACUUGAUCCUGCAAGGACAGCCUUCGUUGAGUGUCACGGAACCGGAACUGCCACUGGUGAUCCUAUUGGUAUGUUACUCUUUCAAGUGAGCCAGAGUGCUGAACUUCAAAAUGAUAAUUUCAUUUGCUUAUCAUCGAGACACACAGAGACCACAGCUGUAGGAAACGUCUUUGGUGAGACGGGCGUGUACAUCGGUUCUCUCAAGCCCAACAUUGGGCACGCGGAGGGUGCUUCAGGUCUCAAUAGUCUGAUCAAGGCCGUCCUCAUGUUGGAGCAUAAGACAAUUGUGCCUCAGAUCAAGUUUGUCCAUCCGAACCCUAAGAUUCCUUUCUCCGAGAAGAGGUUGAAAGUCCCUAUUCAGGCAACGCCAUGGCCGCUGGAUCGCGCUGAGCGCGUGAGUGUCAAUUCUUUCGGCAUAGGAGGAACAAACGCCCAUGUGAUUAUCGACUCCUUGCAGGAAGUAAGGCCCGGCUUGCUGGUCAAGAAUGGUUUGAAACGAGUUACAGCACUCCGGCCUCUGCUCAUGGUCCUGUCCGCGAAUAGCCAAGAUUCAUUGAAGAAACACGUCAUGAAUCUUGAAAAUUAUCUGGCGGAAAACCUUGAAAAGAAUGAGGCGGAUAUUGCUUACACCUUGUCGCAGCGUCGUGAACACCUCCCGUACAGAACAUUCAUCGUCACCAGUGCCAAUGAAGAUUGUACAUCCAACACUGUCAUCCAGCCGCCAGCAUUGGUCAAGUCGCUGGCCAAUCCCGCUCCCAUCACCAUGGUAUUCAGUGGUCAAGGUGCUCAGUGGGCUGGAAUGGCCAAGGACUUGAUUCAAGACGACCCAGCGUUCCGCAAGGACAUUCAAAAUAUGGAUUGCAUCCUGCGAAGUCUCACGUACCCGCCAAAUUGGAGUGUUGAAAAUGAGCUCCUGGAACCAGCUACGAGCAGCAGACUUGAGAGGGCUGAGUUUGCACAACCAUUAUGCACGGCUAUUCAGAUUGCCCUCAUCGAAACGCUCCGCCGGGCAGGAAUUAUCCCAACUGCCGUCGCUAUGAUCAUAGCUUACUAUCGUGGAUACGUGACGAAAGAAGACACCCGUGCUGGUGGCAUGGCUGUUGUCGGCAUGGGCCGUGACUCUGUCGUCCCUUUCCUCGAAGGUGACGUAAUUGUGGCGUGCGAGAACAGCCCCGACAGCAGUACCAUCUCAGGAGAUCAAGAAGCGGUGCAGAGGAUCAUCGAGACCAUCAAGGCUGAGAAGCCAGAUGUCCUGGCAAGACGUCUCAAGGUCAACACGGCAUACCACUCGCACCACAUGCACUCUUUCGUCGAAUCAUACGUAGCUCUGGUUGAACAUGAGCUGGGGACCAAGGGUCUCUGCCGGAACGAACCCACGAUUCCUAUGUACUCGAGCGUACACAACCUGGUAAUCAACCGUGCAGCUCUGCUGUGUCCAAAAUACUGGGGAGAGAAUCUGGAGAAUCCUGUGCGUUUUCACCCAGCCGUUUUAAAUAUCCUGAAGGACCAGCCACAUAAUCUCUUUGUCGAAAUCGGCCCCCACUCAACCCUUGCCGGUCCCCUGCGGCAGAUCCUCGGCGAGGCUCGUUUACCAUGUAAUUACAUCCCGGCCAUGAUUCGCUCAAGGAACUGCAGCAAGAGUCUUCUUUCUGCACUCGGUCAGCUCUUCCAACAGGGUGCUGCUGUCGACUUCAAGGCUAUCAUCCCCAGGGGAGAAGUUGUACAUGACCUGCCAGCCUAUGCGUGGGACCACAGCCAGUCCCACUGGGCUGAGCCCAGAGUCUCAAAGCAUUGGCGAUUUCGACCGUAUGGACAUCAUGCGCUUUUAGGCCAGAGAAUUCCUGAAAGUACUGCCUUUGAUCCAUCGUGGCGAGUGGUGCUCGACCUCGAGGACGAGCCAUGGCUAGCUGAUCACAAGGUACGCGAUGACAUCGUGUUUCCUCUGGCGGGAUACGUUGCUAUGGCUGGCGAAGCGAUCCGUCAAUUGUCAGGCAUUGAGACGGGUUAUAGUGUGCGGCACGUGGUGGUCCACACUGCCCUCCUUUUGGCCGAGUCUAAGCCGGUCGAAGCUGUCACCAGUCUCCGGCGGCGGCGGCUGACCGAUUCUGCCGACUCGGAUGCAUAUGACUUUGUCAUCUCGUCGUGGUCAGGGUCCAACUGGAUCAAGAACUGCGAGGGGCUGGUGCGUCCAAUGGAACAGAGAUUGACCGUGCAUGCCGACGGGCCAAGGUCCAUUGAUGUCGCCUCUGACCGAAGGACAUCCGCUUCAAAGUGGUACGAGAUCAUGGCGCGUGUUGGGCUCGUAUAUGGACCAGAGUUCCAAGGCAUAACUUCUCUGUCAUCGUCAACCACAGAGAAGCUAGCCGCAGCCACCAUCACCAACUCGUCGGCUCGUCAAAAUGCACCAUUUCCGUUCCACCCGGCCACAAUUGAUAGUUGCCUGCAAGUUGUGCUCGCUGCCAAGGCUCAGGGCGUUAGCCGACACCUCACGCAGCUCUGUGUCCCAACUCUGAUCGAGGAACUUGAUAUCUCUCACAGUACCGUGGAAAUGAACGCUCGCGCGUGGUCUCUUGACGAUGAUAAGGACGUCGGACUGGAGUGCCUCUCAUCGGAUGGCCUCAAUGUCCUUCGCCUGCGCGGUGCUCAGAUGACUCCCUUGGAAGAUAUAAGGUCGGUCACUGCCAACGAAGACCGUCAUGCAGCUGCCCGGCUCGAGUGGUAUCCCGACUUCGAUUUCAUGGAUGUUCCUCCGCUGUUCACCGCUCCAACCGCCACGAACGAGGUCAAGCGAAUCAUCGAAGAGCUCGCCUUAUUGUGUAUCCUCGACUCUUACGAACGCCUUCAAGGCCUCAGCUCCGAGCAACCUCACUUUACCAAGUUCCGCGAAUGGCUGUCACGCCAAAAGGACAUUGCGGCAUCGGGCUCAUAUCCCAUCGUUGAAAACGCUGCCAGCUAUCUCAGUCUUUCCCGUGAACAGCGCGGAGCCCAGAUCAACCAGCGUUAUGAAUCGCUGAAGUCGACGGGUGUUUACAUAGUGCGGGUCGCGGAAGGAAUCAUGCGAAUCCGGGACAACACAGAGAGUCUAUUCACCGGCUCGACGGACACGUUGGAUCUCUUGAUGCGCGACAACGUUCUUACCGAGAUAUAUAAUGCUGUAUCAUUCGGCUGCGGCGACUUCGUGCACAUGCUCGCCAUCACCAAACCCAGGCUGCGUAUCCUCGAAGUCGGCGCCGGAACCGGUGGCACGACAGAGCCCAUACUCCGGUCCUUGGCUAGUCGCGACGGAAACCCAGCUUAUUCACUAUAUACAUUCACCGACAUCUCGGCUGGCUUCUUUACCCAGGCCCGCGAGCGCUUUGCGUACGCCCCCAACAUGGAAUAUAAGGUGUUGGACAUCUCACGGAGCGCUCAGACUCAGGGCUUUGAGGCCGGAUCUUACGACCUGAUACUGGCGCCAAAUGUUGUCCACGCCACGCCCAGUCUUAAUGAGACUCUGAAGAACCUCAAGCCGCUGCUCCGGCCUGACGGACACCUUGUGCUUUCCGAGGUGUGUGCCGUCGCACGCGCCCCUGGAUAUGUGUUUGGAAAUUUCUCCGGUUGGUGGCUCGGCGAGGCAGAUAACCGCAAGUGGGAGCCAUAUGUCAUGGUAGACCGCUGGGAUGAGGAGCUGAGGAGCGCCGGCUUUACAGGUGUCGGCACGGCCGUCUACGAUGCUGACCAGCCUUAUCAAUAUUGUGCUGCCAUCGUCAGCCAGCCCGCCACCAACAUCAACGCGGCAGCGGAAAGUAUGUUCCUUACCCUCCUUUGCUCCAAGCCCGAAGAGGGUGUUAGCAAGCGCCUCUUGGAUGGUCUCACAAUGGCCGGGUACAAAGUCAAUGUUGCCAACUUGGACGAAGUGAGCUUGUUUGCUACACGGCACGACAUCAUCAGCACCCUCGAGAUGGAGGCACGAGUGUUCGACAACAUCAACGAAAUUGAUUUCACCCGGUUCCAGAACAUGACAAGAAACCUCACGGAUCAGACAGUGCUCUGGCUCAUGCCCCCGACACAAGUCGACUGUGAGGACCCCCGAUCAGCACAAACAGUGGGUUUGUUUCGCGUCACGCGCGCAGAGCUGGGCAUCUCACUGAAUACGCUGGAGAUCAACGAGCGCGAGAAAUGCUUUGCUGAACUCGUUAUCAAGGUGUUUGAAAAGGUUAGGACUUGUGAGGAUACAGGAAACAUCGCACCCGACAGCGAGUACGCUGUUCAAGAUGGCGUCAUUAAGAUUGGUCGCUACCAGCCCUUCAACCUCGAGCGCGAGGUCGGCGACAACAGCCUUCAGGUAGCGCAGGCCGCUGGAGUCAAGCAAAAACUGGCUAUCGACAAGCCUGGUCUUCUCGAAUCGCUGCAUUGGGUCACCACAAAUCGUAUCGAGCAGCUAGGUGCGCGCGAGGUCGAAGUUGAGGGCCGCGCCGUGGGCUUGAAUUUCAAGGAUAUCAUGGUUGCCAUGGGAGUCCUCAAAUUUGGCACCGGCGACAAGGACGCACCGAUCGGACUCGAAAUCACAGGUGUCGUAUCUCGUGUCGGCUCGCAGGUCAGUGAAAUUGCUAUCGGAGAUCGAAUCUGCGGUGUUGCCGUGGAAGGUUGCUUCUCAACUCAUGUGGUUCUCUUGGACACACUGGUCCUCAAGCUUCCGGACGAACUCAGCUUCGAAGAAGGUGCAACCAUGCCGGCCUGCUAUACGACGGCCGUUCAUGCACUUAUUGAAGUUGGCCAGCUGAAAAGAAACCAAACACUGCUCGUCCAUUCGUCCUGCGGUGGAGUCGGCCAUGCCUCAAUCGAGAUUGCUAAAAUGAUAGGGGCCGAAACCUACUGCACUGUGGGAAGUGACCUAAAACGUCAGUAUCUGGUCGACAAGAUGGGCAUUCCAGACGAUCACAUCUUCAACUCGAGAGACCAGUCCUUCCUCCCGGGUAUAAUUAGGGCCACCAACGGUAGAGGCGUUGACCUUGUUCUGAACUCACUCUCUGGCGAACUCCUGCACGCCUCGUGGAAAUGUGUUGCAGAGUUUGGCAAGCUUGUCGAGCUGGGAAAACGCGACCUCGUGGGCUUCGGGAGGCUAGAUAUGGAACCAUUCCUCGCCAAUCGCUCUUAUUGCUGUGUCGAUCUUGGACACGUUCUAGCGCAGCGCCCAGCAUUUGCGAGAACACUCAUGCAACAAUGGAUGAAAAUGUAUUCAGAUGGCCAUGUCAAGCCGAUUCAGUCCAUGUCUUUGUUUGAGGCUAGCGAAAUUGAGCAGUGCUUUCGUCAUCUUCAGAAAGGGGAUCAUAUUGGCAAGGCGGUGGUCCGCUUCCCUGGCAAUUUAUCCUGUGUUUCCACUGUUUUGCAACCCAAGGACUUCACAUUGGACAGCGACGCUUCUUACCUUCUUACUGGAGGCUUGGGGGGCCUAGGCCGCUCCAUCGCGGGCUGGGCAGCGGAACACGGUGCUCGUCACCUCGUCUUCCUUUCAAGAAGUGCAGGAAAAGGGGAACAUGACCAGUCCUUCUUCAGUGAGCUCAGGAGCAUGAACUGUUCUGUCACUUUUGUUGCGGGCAAGGUCGAUGACGAAAAUGCUAUCGUCGAGUGUAUUCGGGCGGCGCCGAGACCGAUCAAGGGAAUCUUUCAUCUAGCUAUGGUUCUCAGGGAUGGACCUAUGCUUGACCUCUCGUAUGAGGAGUGGACCUCCGCGGUAGGACCCAAAGUCAACGGUGCCUGGAAUCUGCACAAUGCGUUCCUCGACCAGCCACCCCUUGACUUCUUCGUGAUGACCAGCUCGUUAGUGACACUGGGUGACCGGGCGGGGCAGAGCAACUACGCGGCCGCCAACACGUUCCUCGAGUCCUUUUGCCAGUAUCGACACAAGAUGGGCCUCCCCGCGUCGGCGAUCGCAGUCUGCCCCAUCGACGACGUCGGCUUCGUCUCCGAGAACACCGCCGUCCGCCGUAAGCUCAAGUCCGAGGGCCUAUACUUCCUGCCCGAGAGCGAGAUGCUGGAUUACAUGCAGCUCGCAAUCCUCAACUCAUACCCGCCUGGCCCGGGGAGUAAGACCGACGACAGCAGGACGGCAUCGUGGAAGUCUGAAGGUAACAUCAUCAUGGGUUUGAGGUCUGAGGUCCAUCUUGAAGAUCCGGCCUGUCAGGUCUCAUGGCGCCGCGAUCGGAGGAUGGGCACGUACCAUAACGUGCCUAAAGCAGAGGCGGAGGGUGGUUCUUCGGCCAGCAGUAACAACGCGCUCAAGGAAUUCUUCACUCGGGUCGCCGACGACCCGAGUAAUCUUGAGGACCAGACAAGCAUCGACCUGCUCGCCCACGAGAUCGGAUACCGCAUCUUCCGUUUCAUGAUGAAGCCAGAGGAGGACAUGUGUAUAACAAUGUCGCUCACGCAGAUCGGAAUGGACAGUCUGAUGGCAAUUGAGUUGCGCCGGUGGUGGAAGCAGGCAUUUGGGCUGGAUAUCAGUGUCCUGGAAAUUAUGGGGUCUGGCACACUCCAGAAUCUAGGCAAGGUUGCCGCCGAUGGAUUAAAGGUCAAACUAGGAGCACAGUAAAUCAUGAGGAACCUUCCCUUCUCGUAGUGGUAAA